UUAAUCUCCUUGGUGAACAGGCUCAACUCCAUUGCAGAAAGAUGUAUUCCUAUGAGGAGUUCUAUUCCAAAGGUCAGCAGCAACAUCCACCACAGAAAUGCCCAGAACCAUGUCCGCCGCAGAAAGUCCAAAAACCAUGUCCAGAAAAGCGUCCUCCGUGUCCGAAGCCAUGCCUUCCGUGUCCACGGCCAUGCCCUCCGUGUCCACGGCCAUGCCCACCAAGGUGUCCACCAAUAUGCCCACAACCAUGUAUUGGGGUCUGCAACGAGCUGUGUGUCACAGGAUGCGGUGACUCGACUGCAGUAGUCUAUGCACCACCGGUUGUCGUGAGAUUCCCAGGCCCAACUCUUGCCUCUUGCCCUCAGUAUAGCGUAGUGGGAUCCUCACUACCAGAUGGAAUUUUAGGCCCAUAUGGUUCUGGGGGCUUCUUUGGUUCCGGAGGCUCAUCCUUCAGUUCCGGGGGCUCAUCCUUCGGUUCCGGGGGCUGGUACCCAUGCCACUCUGGAAGAUGUGGGCCAUGUGCAGAGUUGGACAAACAAAUUCAAGUGAUAAUAAAUACAGCUGAUGCCUGUCUUAAGGCCCCUGUGUCCUUCACACUGUGGGGCAUUGUUCGAUCCCCCCGCCAAAGGGUGAAUUUGAGACUUAAGGUCAUGACAGGAAACACACUGAAGGCAAAGAAAUAUUUCCAAUUGAUUACAAAGGGAAUUGGAUCUGAGAUGAGUCUGAAGGUUAUGUCUUGCUCCAGGCUGUACUAUCAAGAAUGUGGGGUGGCCCGGCCCAGUCCAGUUUCCGGCAGCUUCAAUGAGCCGUGCGUUAGGCAGUGCCCUGACUCUGAAGUGGUCAUUAGACCAUCACCAGUUGUCGUAACCAUCCCAGGACCAAUUCUCAGCACUUUCCCUCAGCAGAGUGAAGUGGGAGCCAUAGGAGCUCCUGUGGUCGGAGCUGGCUAUGGGGGCUCAUUCGGUUUGGGGGGAUUGUACGGGGGCUCUGGAGGCCAUUACGGAGGAUUCUAUGGUUUAGGAGGCUUAGGCAGUUAUGGGAACCGUUAUGGUUACGGGGGAUUGAGUGGUUAUGGGGGCCAUUAUGGUGGACUGUGUGGUUAUGGGGGAGGUUACGGUUAUGGAGGAUUAUCUGGUUCCGGGGUAUCUUGCCAUAGGUACCUGAGUGGAAGCUCUACACCAUGUUAAACCCUGCAGGAAUAUCAAUGGUAAAAGAAAAGACUAGGAAAUGAAGAACAAGCUACAGAUUCAGAUGGAGAUUUCAGAAGCACUGGGCAGGCAUGGCUCCACUUGAAUUCAACGCAAGCUGUGUCUGCUCAGCGCCUUUGUCUCCUAGACCCAUUUCUAAUGUUGUGCUUAUAAACUCUUUCUGCCAAUGCUUUCCCAACCACACGCUUAG